AUGUCCUCACCAUCUACACCCCGUUCGACGCGUUCCGCGUCGUCCGCUGGAAAUUCGCCCAAUAUUCUCACCCCAGGACAGAAGAUCAAAGCCAUGAUGGCUGAAUUUGAUAGUGAUUCUGAGUCUGACUCCCAAAAUACAAAUUCCAAAGCCUCCAUACCGAAGCUGGACUUCACACGCAAAAACACAUUAAUCACGGAGACGCGCGUAUCUGAACAGAUGAUCGACUCUGAAGACGACUUGGAGGAUGCUGAUGAUUUUGUCCGGCCCAAGGGUCGAAUGGCUGCUCGCAUGCAGGGCAAUGCUGGUGACUCGACUUCAUCUGAACCUCAAAAAGACUCUGCCUUUUCCCGCCUGUCCAAGGCCCUACAAUCCGAGAGAGAGCAAGGACUACAGCCAACACGUCGAAGACCCCCGCCUGUAGAUGAGUCGAGUGACGAUGAUCUCCCCGCCGCUGGUCCUCGGAGGAGAAAGAAUGCCAAGUCAACACAAUUGACAGCCUCUGCCGACCACGAUUCUCUCAGCUCACCACCGCGCACACGCACUGUUUCCCCCUUGUUUGUCUCGUCGCCAGCUGCCCCACAAGACGAUGCCAACGAUCUGGAUCAAGCAGCAGCUGAUGAACCCGGAGAACAAUCCAAGUCUAAGGCGAGAUUCCUUGCUCUUGUGGCCCAGAAGCGCAAGGAACGCGAGCAGCGCGAACGCUUUGAGGAUGAACAAAAGGCUGCCAGACGGGCUCAGAUGGAGCAGUUCAGCUCUGAGAUCCUGUCUGGUGAGGAAAGCGUGGGAGAUGAGGAUGGAUCUGCUCGUAAAUUGAGCCAGAAAGCACGCCAACCCCGCAAAGCCAGCAAGAAGGCCUUGGAGGAGAUGAGGCAGGAGACACAACGCAUGAGCCGAAACAUGCAACUGGCUCACCAGGCUCAGACCAAGAAGAAGAUUACUAAAGAAAGUCUCUUCGCCCGGUUCAACUUCAUGCAGCCCGAGCCUUCCCCUGCGGAAGCCGCAACAACUAACUCGUCUUCAACUGCUGGGUCACAACAUUCUUCCGACGGUGAAGGUCCCCAGAAGACCAAGGAAACGCCACACACAUCGCCCGUGCUCGGUCCCUCUGAUGCAGACAAACCUCUCGUUGUUGAUGCCUCUGGACAAGUCCCGCCUGGGCUGGAUGCAGCCAGUCUCGCGGCACUGAAAGAAACCAUGCCCUCUGCCCAAGACGCGCCACAAGGGCCCAAAGUCUCUUCUGUUUUCAACGCAAAGAAAGUGCCCCGACGGCCGACUCAGCCCCCGGUUCGCGUCCUGAUGUCCCGACAAGAAGUCGCGCGGCACCAGCAAGAAGAUUCAGACAGCGACGAUCUGGAAGUUGUCACGUCCCCAUCCAAAGCUCGUCGGUUUGCUGCUUUUGAGAAUUUGCCCACGAGAAAGCUUCAGGAAUCCGCCUCGAUGCUCAAGCUGAAGGCUUUGGCUCACCUGACCUCCCCCACCCGCAAGAUGACCACUAUGAAUUCGGCGGAACUCUCUGCUAGCUUGUUGUAUAAAGCCCGCCAGCAGGCUGCUAAAGAAAGGCGUGAACGCAUUGAGGAGCUCAGAGCUAAGGGCGUUGUCAUUGAGACUGCCGAAGAGCGUGCUGCCAUGGAAGACGAUGUUGAGGACUUAGUGGAGAAAGCCCGCCAGGAAGCCAACGAGAUCGGACGACAGGAAAGAGCUGCGAAGAAAAAGGCGCAGGGUCUCGAUGAUGAGGAGGAAGAUGACGACUACGCCUUCUCUGGCUCUGAUGAAGAUGCGUCCGACGAGGGUGACUACGACAACAGCAACAACGACGACGAUGACGGCAAGGGUGUCGAUGAGAAUCCUGAAUUCGUUGACCAGGAAGCAGAUGAGGGUGAUGAGUCUGCUGAAGACCAAGCUGAGGAUAUCCUCUCAGAUGCAGACGUGGAGAUCGAGGACCCUGGUAGUCGGCGAAAGCGACGAACUCGGGUGGUGGACGACGACGAAGAUGAGGAACCCCAAGUGCCCUCAACGCCAGUCAGACCGCCGUCUCAUGGUUCCCAGUCAGUGGAGCGACCCGCAUUCCCCGACAUGCAGACCCCUGGCGAUAUGCCUAUGGGCCUAACUCAAGCAUUUGCCGGUACAUUGGCCGAUGAUGAUGACACUAGUAGCCAGCCCGGCUCUACAGCAAUCCCAUUUUCCCUUCCUGAUCCCGGCCGCCCUGUUCCCGGGCUGCGCGCCGAGGACUCGGAGAUUCUAGUUUGCGAUAGCCAGGAACAGUCCCACGAGCCCGACUUCAUGACUGGCUAUAGUCCAAAUGUGACUAGAGUAUCGGAAUCACCUGCCGCACACACUUUCUCGCAAUUCUCGCAACUUCCGGACCCUACUCAAGAUGAAGGCUUCGUUUUCUCUCCGUUCGAUCCUGCCAAGCGAUUCCGCGGAACUCCGCCCGUUUCGACUGUUGAUACUGUUCUCCUUGGCCAGAGCCAGUCGCCUGUUGCAGAACGUAAGCAUCGACAGCUCCGACGUGGACGCGCAGUCAAUUUGUCCGUCGUGGAAGAGGAGGACAACGAGGGGGACAUUGAGGUGAAUGCCAAUGCCUUCAACGUCAUGCAAAAGGCAGUCAAGAAACGGACAGUUCAAUACGACAAAAAGAACAGCAAAGCUAAGAAUAUUGUUGACGAAGCUGCCGAGGAGUCCGAAGAUGAGUAUGCUGGUCUUGGAGGUGCAAGUGAUGACAGUGACGGCGAGGAGGAUGCCUACGACCAGCAAAUGAUCAACGACCAGAGUGGUGAAGUGGUCGAUGAGAAACAGCUGGCUGCAUUAAACGCUGUCCAUCAACGAGACCGUGACGAGAAAGAUGUUGCGAAGCUGUACAAGGACAUCACAACUGGAGCCUUGCGCCGCCGCCGCGGUGGUGGAGAUGAUGACUUUGAUCUUGACGACUCGGACGAUGAGCGCUUAGCACGUCGGCGUGAGAAGCAACGCGAGUUCGCCAAGAUGCGCCGGGCUCUGCUUGCCGAUGACAAGAUCGGUGAACUCGCCGAGAACCCUAAGAAGGCUGCAUUCUUCAAGGCUAUCGAAGAUCGCGAUAUUGAGGAUGACUUCGAGUUGGAGUUCUUGGAAGAGAGAGCAGGCGAUUCCCAAAACGAAGCCUCUCAGGAUGUCGCGCAACAGCAGGGUGACCCUUCGCAGGACAGCAGCAAGCGCAAGCGACCACUUGAGCCAUCUGCUGAAGAUGCUACUAACCGCCCUCCACCUCAUCUUCGCCGUACACCUGCCAGUGCCAUGUCCAAGAAGCCAGCAACUCUUGCUGAGAUCCGUGAGACCCUGUCUUUCUUGACCGAAACUCCUGAAUACGACUCCUUCCAUGAAGAUGCGUCCCUUGAUGAGGAAGAGCUAGCCGCGGGCGAGGAUGACACCAACACCUCCGGCAACGAAGACGCGUAUUCCGAGGACGCAGGGUCGCAGUCGAAAGAAGGCUUUGCUGUGCCCAGCCACCCACGACGCACGCGCGGGAUGGUCGUCGAUCGCCUUGCUCUCCUCCGCCAAGCAUCGUCCAACUCAGCUUCUGCUACAACAUCUGGGUCCUCUUCCAACACCAAGUUCGCAUUCCACAACGGUGGCAACUCGGACGGUCCCAUCGGAUUCCGCCCUCCUCAGUUUCUGCGCCGCGCCAACACCGGCUCCUCUUCUUCAUCCAGCUCCAGCAUGAGCUCAGCAUCAAGCGCCAACCGUGUUUCUAAGCCGGCUGCUUCAGGUCCAAAGAAAGGGGGAGCUGUCAACUCGUACACUGCUGCUCGUGAGAAGGAACGCGAGAGAGAACUCCGCAUGAAACAACGCAACGGCGGCUCCAACAUAGCCAAGCUGCUAGGCAAGCAUGCGGGCGGUGGACUGGGUGCACUAGCUGGGAAAGGCCAGUGGGACUAG